AUGUCCUCUCCCUCUCUCCCUCUCCCCUCCCUGCCACCGAGCCCGUUGGCCAUGGAGUACCUGAACGAUUUCGACCUGCUCAAAUUUGAGGUGAAGCCAGACACCCCUCCUCUGCUGACGCCCUGUCCGUUCCCCAAAAGCGGCGCCCAGGACCCCUCCAGCCCCUCGUACCUCAGCCAGGCCACCCAGGACUCCAGCGUGGGCUCCACCCCCUACAACUCCCUGCCCCCGUCCCCCACGCCCAGCGAGGCCCAGCACCCUCCUUCCUCCUCCUCUUCCUCCUGCACGCUCUCCCUCUCCUCCUCCUGCUCGUCUCUCUCCCUCCCGCUCUCCGUCCCGGGCGCCUACCCAUCCAGCCUGAGCUCCGGUUCCCACGGCAACCCCGGCGCCAGCCCCGCCCCCGGCGCGGCUGGCCACGCCCCCGGCCCCACCCCCGCCUCGCUGGAGGACCUGAUCUGGCUGGCCGCGCUGCAGCAGCAGUUCGGGGGGGGCGAGUGCGGGGCGGGGCCGGUCUCCGUGCUGGGGGGGGUGGGCGGGGCCGCGGAGAGAGAGAGGGGUCCCGGGGGGGCCUUCCUGGGGUGUGAGGAUGCAGUGGAGGCACUGCUCAAUUCUGCAGCCGCUGCAGUCAGCUCACAGUUCCCCAUGUUGACUCAGAGCUCCGGUGUGAGCCUGCAGGACUCCGGCAGUGACAGUGGAGGUGACUCCUGCCCCAAAAACUCUGACCCCUGCCACCGCACCCCCCUCCUCUUCCUGCCACCUGGCUCCUCCCCCUCCUCCCUCCCCAACAGCACAGGCUCCGCCCCUUACCCACAACCCCCCAGCCCCCAGAGCCGACUACACCAUCAUCACCAUCACCACCCCCACCUCCCUCUGCAUGGUCAUCAUCAUCAUCAUCACCAUCAUCACCACCUGCAGCUCAGCCAGGGCGGGCUGGAGGACCGCUUCUCGGACGAGCAGCUGGUGGGGCUGUCGGUGCGGGAGCUGAACCGGCACCUGCGCGGCGUGAGUAAGGACGAGGUGGUGCGUCUGAAGCAGAAGCGCCGCACGCUGAAGAACCGCGGCUACGCCCAGUCCUGCCGCUACAAGCGCCUGCAGCACCGCCACACGCUGGAGGCCCAGAAGCACGUCCUCACCCAGCAGUUGGAGCAGUUGCAGUGUGAGUUCGCUCGUGUUCUGAGAGAAAGGGACACCUACAAAUCUCGCUACGAGAAGCUCGUUAGCGCUAACGAAGCUCCGCCCACACUCGCCAACCGCCCCCCCUCGCCUCCCGACUACUUCCUGUGA